AUGGCCGCUCACACCAGAGGGGCCCGGUUCUUCAGGAGCCUGCUGAGCCGGUGCAGGACCCCGGGGGGCGGCUGCCGGUCUCCUGUGGCGGCAGCCGGCACGUGGAGCUCCGGGCUGUCCCACCUGUCUCACCCGGACCUGUACCGGCUCUCGAUCACGGACCCGGAUCAGUUCUGGGGAGCCGCCGCUGACAGACUCCGCUGGAUGGAGCCUUUCCACCGGGUACAGGACUGCGACCUGAGCCGCGGGAGGAUCCGCUGGUUCCUGGGAGGAAAGAUGAACGUGUCCGUGAACUGUCUGGACGUCCAUGUUGACAAACAUCCGGACCGAGUGGCUCUGAUCUGGGAGCGGGACGAACCCGGCACUGAGGUGAAGGUCACAUACAGGGAGCUGCUGGAGACCACCUGCCGGCUCGCCAACACGCUGAAGAGCCAUGGGAUCCAGAAGGGUGACAGGGUGGCCAUCUACAUGCCGACCUCCCCGCUGGCCGUGGCGGCCAUGUUGGCGUGUGCUCGCAUUGGAGCGGUACACACGGUGGUGUUCGCUGGUUUCAGCUCAGAGGCUCUGGCAGGGAGGAUCCAGGACGGCAACAACUACGUGUUUGAUCACCGGGACGGAGACGUGUUUGGCUGCGUGGCGGAUAUCGGCUGGAUCACCGGUCACAGUUAUGUCAUCUAUGGCCCUCUGUGCAAUGGCGCUACUACAGUCCUGUUUGAGAGCACACCUGUUUACCCAAACCCAG